GACCGGGAAGGGCUAUACUUCCUUGCUGUCAAACUGGAAACACUUAGUAGCUUCACUUUAUAUAUUAAUAUAAAAACGCACAAAUACAAGCUUAAAUUUAUAUAAUCUGACAUUAAUCUGCGAUAAAGAGUCGCGUAGUUUCUAUUCUUUGUUUAAAGUUUUCGGUAAACGUCACUAAAAUGCACCGGAGAGGCGUCGGCGCGGGAGCUAUCGCGAAGAAGAAGCUAGCAGAGGCGAAAUAUAAAGAGAGAGGAAAUGUUCUCGCAGAGGAUCAAAUUGUUCAAAUGUCGAAGCAGUUGGAGACCUUCAAGUCCAACCUGGAGGAGUUCGCCAGCAAACAUAAACAGGAGAUCCGAAAGAGCUCCCAGUUCAGGGUUCAGUUUCAGGAAAUGUGUGCCACCAUCGGAGUUGACCCGCUUGCCUCCGGGAAAGGUUUUUGGUCUGAGAUGCUCGGCGUUGGUGACUUCUAUUAUGAGCUCGGUGUACAGAUUAUUGAAGUGUGCUUGGCCCUGAAACACAGAAAUGGAGGGCUCAUUACUUUGGAUGAACUCCAUCAGAGAGUGCUGAAGGGAAGAGGAAAGUACGCUCAGGAUGUGAGCCAAGACGACUUGGUGAGAGCCAUAAAGAAACUGAAGGUGAUGGGUAGCGGCUUUGGGAUGAUUCCUGUUGGUGGUUCUUACCUGGUCCAGUCAGUCCCAGCAGAGCUCAACAUGGAUCACACUGUAGUUUUACAGCUGGCCGAGAAGAAGGGCUACGUCACAGUGAGUGAGAUCAAGGACAGUCUAAAAUGGGAGAAAGAGCGGGCGUGUCACGUCCUGGAUCACCUGCUGAAAGAAGGCCUGGCUUGGUUGGAUUCUCAGGCAGCUGGAGAAUCACAGUACUGGCUGCCCGCUCUCUUCUCUGAGCUGACUUCCCGCGACGUCACACCAGAGGAGGCCAAUCAGAUGACCCCUUAAGGAACGACGUCGGCUUUUAGAGGCCAUGUUGGUAAACAAUAUGUGCCUGGUGGGUGGUGGGAGGAGGGGGGAGGGGGAGGAGAGGACUCAUGUGAUGGAGCUGGCUGGUUCACUGGGCUUGGCAGGCUCGGCAAACUCCCUCCUGAGAUCAUUCUUUGGACACGAGGAGGGAAAACUUUCCUCAGCUGCUCUUCAGUUACAUCCAAGUGAGCAAUAAGUGCAAGAAAGAAGUUUGAUUUCCACUAAAACUGCGUAUGAAUUUCAGUGUGAAGUCUCUGUUGUCUUGCUGGUGUCACGGUUUAUGGGUGGGUAUGUAUAAUUCUCAAUGUACAGAACAUGUAAGUUUUCAUGUAUAAACAACAACUUUUAAAGAAAA